GCGUGGUUCAAAUCUGGUAGCGCAACCAGGUCUAGCGGGACUCAACCCAGCCCUAGCACCUAUUCAGGUCUAGCGGGACUCAACCCAGCCCUAGCACCUAUUCAGCCUAGUGGGACUCAACCCAGCCCUAGCACCUAUUUAGGUCUAGCGGGACUACCCAACCCUAGGACUUAAUUUUAUCAUUGUCGCACAAUGACACCAGCCGGAUUCGAACCACAGCCAUCUACCCAUCAGGUCUGAUCAUACUUAUAAGAGCAUGCGAUUCAGGCAACAUGUCUAAACUAUUAGACCAAAAGGUCACUAUGAUCAGAC